CUCACUCCACCCGACCGUAUUUCUCAGACACACUCGAUAACAGACGCACCAUUUGAAAUGGCGGUUACCCUUCAUACAGAUGUAGGGGACGUUAAAAUUGAGUUGUUCUGUGAACGCACUCCAAGAACAUGUGAGAACUUUCUUGCUUUGUGUGCCAGUGGGUUCUAUAAUGGUUGCAACUUCCACCGAAAUAUAAAGGGCUUCAUGGUUCAGACUGGAGACCCCACAGGCACAGGUAAAGGAGGAACAAGUAUAUGGGGUCGCAAAUUUGAAGAUGAGUUCAGUGAACACUUCAAGCAUAAUGUAAGAGGAGUGGUCUCAAUGGCAAACAAUGGCCCCAACACAAAUGGCUCCCAGUUUUUCUUCACAUAUGCAAAACAGCCCCAUCUGGACAUGAAGUACACAGUUUUUGGAAAGAUUAUCGAUGGCUUGGAAACACUGGAUGAGCUGGAGAAGCUGCCUGUGAAUGAAAAGACGUUCCGACCGCUGACUGAAACCCGCAUAAAGGAUGUGACCAUUCAUGCUAACCCUUUUGCUGUAUAGCUGAGUUUUAAUUCAGAUAUUUGUACAUGGUGCCUGUUAUUUCCAGUAAACCAGUGGAUACCGAGCCUGGGGCCUUGCUAAGGUAAAACAGGUAUUUUGUCAGAGGCUAGAAAUCAUAGAAAAGCCAAAACUGCAAAGUGAUGUUUUUUGUCAUGCAGAUUAAAAUGUUAAUGAACAAGAGUUGUAUUAUUAUUUUUCUUCAUCUUCAUCUUCAUUUCUUUUUUUUUUAGUUUAUUUUAUUUUAUUUUUUUCCACAUUCUGUGUACAGUCAGAUUUUGCAUCUUGAAUAUAAGAUUCAGUAAGGACGCAUGGUUGAUGAAGUAACAGUGAC